UGAGACCUCCGUCAACAACAGCCCCAAGCGCCAGUGCUGUCGCAUAUUCUGGCCCUUUGGAGAUGCAACCGUCUUCUAAGGGCUUGUUCCGCGUGUCCUCUUGCACCAAUACCGUUGCCUGUCUCUCCAUCGGAACUUGGGGUCUUGAGUUCAGAUGGAUCGGCAAGGGGUCGUAGUAGUGAACGGUCUAUCGUGUACAAACUGUCGUGGCAAAAAGCUUAGAUGCAGCCGCGACACCCCCGUGUGUGAGCGGUGCAGCACGCUUAAUCUUCCCUGCCAGUAUCCCCAACGAAGGCCCCGCACGAGUAAAAGAAGGGACUCAAACCACCACAAUGCCGGCAACAACAACAACAACAACAACAACAACCAUGCGCUCUCCCUCAUUCUCGAUCGGCUACAACGCAUUGAGAAAGGUCAAUCGUCAGGUUCCAGGUCCUCCCCAAUGUCUGCCGACUCGGCCUCACAACAGCCGGAGAUUAGUGAAACCCUUGACGGAGACAGCCUAACGUCAAGCUUACUGGCAGUUAAUGAUAAUGUCAGGAACUCCGUUUCAGCAUCAAGUCCCAUGCCCAUCACGCGGCUCCAGGUGACUCCUCUCGCCAGCGAUGGGGCUCUGCCAGCAUUAAGACCGGCGGCUCACGGUGCUACUCCCCAUCAUCCCGCUUCGCUCGACGUCGCGUCCACAUUGAGCGACACUUUUGACCGUGUGCGAGAUAAGAGGCUCAAACGAUCUUUGGGAGCGAAUGUGGUGGCAACCGAGGGCGUCAACAUUUCUCCUGAAAAAGCAAAGACUUGGAUUCACAGUGAGAGAACUCGAGCGACCGAUUUGGUUAGAUACUAUUUCACCUACAGCCCGACGGAAACUUUUCUUAGUCUCGUGGACAGAAAGACCAUAGAACUGAUACCGGAUAUGUUGUUAAUGCGGCAUGUUACGCUUGACCCAUGCAUCCUUAUCAUUUACUUCGUCAUCCUAUGGAGAGGAUGCUACAUCCUUAACACGCGUACUUUCCAUAGCCCAGACGGGAAAUAUUCCAGGCAAUUGUAUCUGUGCUGCCUACGGACAGUACCAAGCUGGCAAAGAGAGGCAACAGGUUCCAUCACGGACUUCAUAGCCGCCAUAUUCAUGACCGGCGUGGCGACCGAGUGUUUCGACUUUGAGAUGAGCUUAGAAAUGCAUCACUUGGCUUGCGAAUAUGCCAAAGGGCUUCACUUGCACAGCCUCGACGGCAACGAUUACUUCGCGGCUACGGGGUCGACACGCACCGACGAUGACCGCAAGGGCAUGUGGGAGCUGAUCCAGAAAGACCUGUUUUACCACUUGAUCUACAACAAGCCCGCAACCCUGUAUCCGAGUCUCGACAAGUGGCGAGUCAACCUGCCGUGGCUGUCGUUGGAUUCGCCCCCGGAGAACGUCGACAACGUGUCGACAAUCUCGUUCCUCGUCCGCAGCCGCCUCACGUUCAUCCUCAUCCAUUUCUUCCACACGCUGGAGAAGCUCGAGCACGAAUCCGAGGCCGUCGGGGCUAUCGAGCCUCUUUGCCACGAAGUCGAGCUUUUGUUUGAGGAAUGGGGAAUCGAAAAUUGGAUCCAACGCUCCCUUCACGACCAGAUGGAUCUCUGGAUUCUGGCCGAGCUUGUCCUUGCCGGCUACACCUCCAUCAUCUUCAUGUUGCGCAAGGCAACCCUGCUCAAGUCGAAUUGUCCUAAUCCGGUCUCUUCCGACGUCAACAUCCCCAAAACGGACUACGCAACAAGGGCCUCGCGCCGCAUUCUCGAAUUGACGUACAGCAUGAUGCACGUCUGGAGGUUUCCCGCGGCCGAACUGAUCUCCUACAUACUGGGUGCCUACCGAGCGCAUAUUGCUUAUGCUCACCUCGCCAGCAACGUCAUCAGUUCGCUCACGACUGCGGAGAUGGUGGAAGAUUUGCAGCUUCUGGACCGUGUUGCUCAGGGCAUGGAGACCGCCGCUCAGCGUGAGAGCGACUUUUUCCCGUUGGCGAGAGCGAUGCAGGAGAUCAAUGCCGAAGUUCGGAAAAGGGCGGGUGUCUAACAUGAGAGCGUAUAUGCAGAUUCGCAAAGAUGAACAUUGGAUUUCGGUACCUCUGGAGCACAUGUUACUCUCAUAAAGUCGUCUUCUGGCCAGGACCGCCCACUUUGACGUCACCACAGAUUGGCAGGUUGAUCUCCUUCCGGCCAUGCAGAGAGAGCACUGAGGAAGCCGCGUAACGAUUAUGAGAGGCUUAUGGUGAUAGAAUGGAUUCGUUUUGGGUUAGGCAUAUGCACAUCAACUCAAAUCCCUCUUUCCCAUCGUUCUUCGGUUACUGGGAGAGAAAUUCGUUUUGUU